GCUGAGAGGACACUCCCCCCACAGAGCUGCACUGACCGCUGUUAGAGAGGGACACGGCGGUGACCAUGGCUUCCCCCCUGAAAGCGGGUUUCCACCGGCUGGAUAUCCAGAAGACCACCUGGGACGUUCCGGAUCGAUACACCUCACUCAACUCCAUCGGUUCCGGAGCUUAUGGGACCGUCUGCUCCGCCAUUGACCAGAAGACGAAGGAGAAGGUGGCCAUUAAGAAGCUGUACAGACCUUUCCAAUCCCUCAUCCAUGCUAAACGAGCAUACAGAGAACUCCGCCUGCUACGCCACAUCCAGCACGACAAUGUGAUCUGCCUCCUGAACGUUUUCACCCCUGACUCCUCUCUGGAGACGUUUCAGACUUUCUACUUGGUGAUGCCGUUUGUGGCUCAGGACCUGGGCCACAUAAUGAAAAAGAGGAGGCUCUCCGAACGAGUGAUAGUGUAUCUGUUCUAUCAGCUGCUAAGAGGACUCAAGUAUAUCCAUUCUGCUGGGAUCAUUCAUCGGGAUCUGAAGCCAAACAAUCUUGCCGUUGAUGAAAACUGUGAAUUGAAGAUCUUGGACUUUGGCUUAGCCAGACAUGCAGAGAUGGAGAUGACAGGCUACGUUGUGACACGGUGGUACAGAGCACCUGAAGUCAUCUUUAACUGGAUGCAUUACACUCAGACAGUUGAUAUAUGGUCUGCAGGCUGCAUCCUGGCUGAGAUGAUCACUGGACAGGUGCUUUUCCCAGGAAAUGACAGUAUGGACCAGCUGAACAUGAUCCUCGAAUUAACAGGAACACCAAACUCGUCUCUGGUGCAAAAGAUGCAGAGCAAAGAUGCAAGGUCAUAUGUACAGUCUCUUCCAGUCCAGAAAAAGAAAGACUUCAGGAAAGUCUUUCCAACAAUGGACCCCUGUACUGUGGACGUGUUGGAGAAGACUCUGAUGCUGGACCCCGAGAGUCGAUUCACGGCUAAAGACGGACUGUCUCACCCUUACCUUAAUGAGUUCCACGACCCUGAAAACGAGCCGGAGUCUCCGCCUUACGACGACUCAUUUGAGAGCUUGGAGCUGGCUGUCAACGAGUGGAAAAGCCUUAUACACAUGGAGAUUAUGACCUUUGACCCUGACAAUCCAAGCCAGACUGCAACAUAACACUUUAUCAGCUGCUGGGAGUGCACUGCACCCAAGAAUUACAAACCUUAAAGGUGCAUUAAUGUGUAAACCAACACUCGUGUGUGUGUUUGUGAUAUAGAUAAUAAGAACAGCAGUGGUGAAAACAACAAUUAAAGGUUACCGUACCUAUAUAGCUUAUAGAGGAUGUAUAGAUAGUUGAAUUGUCUUCUGUUUUUGUGCUGGUUUUACUCAAGAAUAUGUUAAAAAUUCCACUUUUUUACUUCUACAGUGGCUUACAAAAGUAUUCAUACCCCUGGAACUUUUUUCACAUUUUGUCUCCUUACAUCCAUAAACCAAAGUUGAAUUUUUGCUCUUAAUGCAAAGCGCUAUAUGUGGCAGAAAAGUAACACUGCUCAUCACACCAUCCCCCUGUGAAACAUGGUAGUGGCAGCAUGCAAGGCAAUCCUUGAGGAAAACCUGAUGAAGGCUUUAAAAGACCUGAAACUGAGAGGAAGAUUUACUUUCCAGCAAGAUAAUGACGCUAAACAUACAACCAGAGCUACAGUGGAAUGGUUUAGAUCAGGGGUCACUGAUAGGCGGACCGCGGUCCAGGUCCGGACCCAGACGUUGUCCAAUGCAGACCCAAAGUGACAAACUACAGAGAAGGAUAUAAUUCUGACAGGGUUCAUUUAAAGCAGCGUAACUUAUCUUGUUCACACUGCAGCGACGCGGCAUCACUCCCAAUCGCUUUCUCCGCCUUUCUCUCGUCGCUUUGGGCGUGGUCUUUUAUCUGCCACCAGCAAGAAUGUGUAGAGUUGUAGUUCAGUGCUGUGUAUAAACCAGACGCUGUUCUUUUUUAUCGGCCGGUGAACCAGGCUAAACCAUUAGUUCAGGACCAGCUGCUCCUCCGUCUCUAUUAUCUAACAAAGGGGAUCUUAAAGCACAAAAAAGCCUGAAAAACCUCCGAAAUUUUUCACACUGUAGUUUAGCCUGUGGUGUGUGUGGUGCUGAAACCCAGUCUGUGUGGUGCUAAUUGGCUACCGCUUAGCAAAACUCGCUUCUUAUUUGCAUAAAGUUGAAAAUAUCUCAACUUUUUGCCGCUCGCUUCGCCUCGCCCGCUACCGGUCCCAGAGUUCUCUGCCUCUGUUCUCUGUAGAAAACAGUGGGAGGCGGCUCGAAAUACUCAUCGCGUCGCUGCAGUCUGUGUUUUGUGGUGCAGUAAACGCGCAGACCAGUCAAGUGUGCCAAUCAGAUCUGUGCAGACCGAUGCCCCAGCUAGUGAAUUGGGACGCGGCCGGGAAAAAAAAACGCCUUUAUGAAGAGAGAGGGAGCCUGAGAACAAGCGGAAACUGAAGACACACCGAGCGCGAGAGCAAGACAGGGGAGCAAUGUACAAAACUCUGGCCAGAAAGGCGACGGUCCAGACCUUGGACUGACAGAAUUUUCUCCCACUGCACCAUACUGAAAUACCCCUGGUUUAGAUCAAAGAAUGUUCAUGUGUUAGAAUGGCCCAGUCAAAGUUGCAAAGAAGAAUGGGCAAAAAUCUCAGUUUUUAGAUAUGCAGAGCUGGAAAAGAAAUACCCCAAAAGAUUUGCAACUACAAAUGCAGUGAAAGGUGGCUCAACUAAGUAUUGAUAUGAAUACUUUUGCACGUCACACUUUUCAGAUUUUUAUUUGAUUACAUUUUUGAAAACCAUGUAUCAUUUUUUAUUUCACUUCACAAUCCUGUUGGUCUGUCACUUUAAAUUACAAUUAAAACAAUGAAUAUUUGCAAGCCCCUGCAUGUAAGAAAUAACAUGAAUAUGUUUUCAGUGGUCCAAAAAUGUUGGACUAUUGAUAUGGGCUUCUGUUGUCAAUUACAAAAGAAUUUAGACCAGAUGUCCUCACGCCAUUUGUGUACCCAGUUAGUUUGCAGUCGAGUUUUUUGUGACUCUGUAUAUUUUUGUUUUUGUUUUGUGGUUUUACCUUGCAAUGACUAAAGUACAUCAAAUAAAACAUACACUGUCCAUUGUA